AAUCCUAAACUGUUUUGUUUUUGUUUGCCCAGAGGCGCUCACAAAUAGCGUGUUCAGGACAUGUCACACAGGAAAUUCUCUGCUCCCCGUCAUGGUUCUCUCGGAUUUACACCUAAGAAGCGUUGCCGGCGCAUUCGAGGUAAAUGCAAGGCCUUCCCUAGAGACCGAAGAUCUCUCCCACCACACCUGACUGCUUUCAUGGGAUAUAAGGCUGGAAUGACUCACAUAGUUCGUGAAGUUGAUCGACCUGGAUCGAAGGUUCAUAAGCGUGAGGUCGUCGAACCAGUAACCAUAAUGGAAUGUCCUCCUAUGGUGAUUGUUGGUAUGGUUGGAUACGCGCCUACUGCUAAGGGAUUAAGGACUUUCAAAACUGUCUGGGCAGAACAUCUGACCGAGGAGUGUAGGCGUCGAUUUUACAAAGAUUGGUGCAAAUCCAAAAAGAAGGCUUUCACUAAGGCUUCCAAAAAGUGGGCAGAUGAAGCAGGUCUUGCGCAAAUAAAUCGUGAUCUGAAGAAGAUUAAGAAGUACUGUACAGUCGUCCGAGCCAUUGCGCAUACACAGAUGCGUCUGAUGAAACAUCGCCAGAAAAAGGCACAUGUUAUGGAAAUCCAGGUAAAUGGUGGAACCAUAUCACAGAAGGUUGAUUGGAUUCGUCAGCACUUCGAAAAGCAGAUACCUGUUUCAAACGUGUUUUCUCAAGAUGAGAUGAUCGAUGUUAUAGGUGUUACUAAAGGUAAAGGCUUCAAAGGUGUUACUUCCCGCUGGCACACCAAGAAACUCCCUCGAAAAACCCACAAAGGUUUACGCAAAGUAGCCUGUAUUGGAGCUUGGCAUCCUGCCCGUGUUGCGAGGUCAGUUGCUAGGGCUGGACAGAAGGGUUACUUCCACAGGACGGAGUUGAAUAAAAAAAUUUACAGGAUUGGGAUGGGUUUACAAGCACAGCUGGAAGUUGCGAAGGCUGAAGCCGCUAAGGACGAUAAAGACAAAAAUACAGUUCCAAAACCUAAAGGCAAUGCGUCAACUGAAUUCGAUUUGACAGCUAAAAAUAUCACACCAAUGGGUGGUUUCCCACAUUACGGUGAAGUUAGGAACGAUUAUGUCAUGAUUAAGGGUUGCUGCAUGGGUCCAAGAAAGCGUGUUAUUACGCUUCGAAAAACAUUAAUUCCACAAGUCAAACCACGAUCAAAGGAAAAGAUAGUCCUUAAGUUUAUUGACACAUCAUCCAAGUUUGGUCACGGUCGGUUCCAGACUCGUGCUGAGAAACAAGCAACUAUGGGUCCUUUGAAAAAGUGUCCAGGCCGCGCAAAGGUUGCAUAAUCGUAAUUUCCUGCAAUAAAAUUAUGGUAGAAAUACUUUUUUUUCAUUGAGUUACUAGUAAAUCGGGUCAACGUAGUAAAUGAACUUGUUGGCUAAUCAUCUGUUAGCACGAAUGUCCUUUGCUGUAUCGUUCCUGAUUAGCCCGAUAUAUUACCUAACCGCUCUAUAUACCUAUAAAUAAAGUAUUUAAUUGAAAAACGGUAAAAUAAUUUAAUGACUGCUGUAGUCGACCUAGGUAUCGUCUGUUUUAGAUGGAAGAGUAGAUACUUUUUAGUGCCCGACUAAUUGCUCGCUUUCUCCAUUAAACGCGUUGUCUGUCUGUGUUGCAAUGUUCGUUGGUUCAUGUUAGAUAUAGACCAUAGUUAGCUAAUGCAUCUGUUAUUCCGUCAAGAACUGCGAUUUUUAUGCAUAAGGCAUUUAAGCAUUUCAAACGCGG